CGAAUUUCGCGGUCGCUCGGUGCUUCGUUUUGUUGAGCAGCGCAGGCGUUGCCCCUUUUUGAAUGUUUGUUUGUUUCGCAACCCUAUUACUCGUCGCGCAAACGACUCUCCUGCACGUCGUAGAGGUCCCAGUCGAGAGCGGCCCGUCGACGACAAUGCGCACCGAGGAGUAGUGGACCGGAGGGAAGGAAGAAAGAAAAAGGAGAAAACGCGGGAGAGAGAGAGCAGUGUGAAAGGUUCCCACGGGGGUGGUCCACACCCCCCCGCAGCGCUUCCAAGUGCAAAAGUUGAAGGACUGAAGGCAGAGGCACUGAAAUCGUUAGUGUGAAUGAACGUACACGGUCGCUGAGAGGAUAACAUUGGUGAAGUAUCUACGAGGCAGUAACCAUGGAGGACGCCCAUUGUAAAACUGUGGAUGAGGUGAUAAAUUACUUCAACGUCGAUCCUGACCAGGGAUUGAGUCUCGAUCAAGUGAAGAGGAACCAGGAGAAGUAUGGUCUCAACGAAUUGCCAGCCGAGGAGGGAAAGUCCAUCUGGCAACUCGUCCUGGAACAGUUCGAUGACCUUCUAGUUAAGAUUCUUCUAUUAGCUGCUAUUAUUUCUUUUGUAUUAGCCUUAUUUGAAGAGCACGAGGAUGCGUUCACGGCCUUCGUCGAACCCUUCGUCAUCCUGCUCAUUCUCAUUGCCAACGCUGUGGUCGGUGUCUGGCAAGAACGAAAUGCCGAGUCUGCGAUCGAGGCGCUCAAAGAGUACGAACCCGAGAUGGGUAAAGUUGUGCGAGGGGACAAAUCGGGCGUCCAGAGGAUUCGAGCCAAAGAGAUUGUACCCGGCGAUAUUGUAGAGGUGUCGGUCGGUGACAAGAUCCCGGCCGAUAUCCGUCUGUCCAAGAUCUUCUCGACUACCCUCAGGAUCGACCAGUCCAUUCUGACUGGGGAAUCAGUGUCUGUGAUCAAACACACCGACCCUGUGCCCGACCCACGCGCCGUCAAUCAGGAUAAAAAGAACAUCUUGUUCUCUGGUACCAAUGUCGCCGCCGGGAAGGCUCGCGGUGUUGUUAUUGGAACUGGUUUAAACACGGCUAUCGGUAAGAUCCGCACGGAGAUGUCGGAGACGGAGGAGAUCAAGACGCCAUUGCAGCAGAAGUUGGACGAGUUUGGCGAACAGCUGUCGAAAGUUAUCUCCGUGAUUUGCGUUGCUGUGUGGGCCAUCAACAUUGGCCACUUCAACGACCCGGCUCACGGCGGUUCCUGGAUCAAGGGUGCCAUUUACUACUUCAAGAUUGCCGUCGCUCUCGCUGUCGCCGCUAUUCCCGAAGGCUUGCCCGCUGUAAUCACGACUUGCUUGGCGCUGGGCACCAGGCGUAUGGCCAAAAAGAACGCCAUCGUACGAUCUUUGCCGUCUGUAGAGACUCUUGGUUGCACGUCCGUCAUUUGCUCCGACAAAACAGGCACUUUGACGACUAAUCAGAUGUCCGUCAGCCGAAUGUUCAUUUUUGACAAGAUUGAGGGUAACGAUAGCAGUUUCCACGAAUUCGAAAUUACCGGAUCAACUUACGAACCUAUCGGCGAGAUUUUCUUGAGAGGACAGAAGAUCAAGGGUUCUGAUUAUGAAACAUUGCAAGAGAUCAGUACAAUUUGCAUUAUGUGCAACGAUUCAGCUAUCGACUUUAACGAAUUCAAACAAGCAUUUGAGAAGGUUGGCGAGGCUACGGAGACUGCCCUGAUCGUUCUCGCCGAGAAAAUCAAUCCGUACGGAGUCUCGAAGAGCGGUUUGGAUCGCCGAGGCGGCGCCAUUGUCGUUAAGCAGGAUAUGGAAACGAAGUGGAAGAAGGAAUUCACGCUGGAGUUCUCUCGUGAUCGCAAAUCCAUGUCGUCGUACUGCGUGCCUCUGAAGUCGACGAAACUGGGAUCUGGAUCGAAACUGUUCGUCAAGGGUGCGCCGGAAGGUGUAUUGGACAGAUGUACGCAUUGCCGCGUCGGCGGUCAGAAGGUUCCUCUUACUUCAACCCUGAAGAACCGCAUCUUGGAUCUGACCCGCCAAUACGGAACUGGUAGAGAUACCCUGCGCUGCCUUGGUCUCGCCACCGCUGAUCACCCGAUGAAGCCCGACGAUAUGGAUCUGGGCGACUCCACUAAAUUCUACACAUACGAGAAGGAUCUCACGUUCGUGGGUGUAGUGGGCAUGCUUGAUCCUCCCCGCAAAGAAGUAUUUGAUUCAAUUGUAAGGUGCCGCGCCGCUGGCAUUCGCGUAAUCGUCAUCACCGGCGACAACAAGGCCACUGCUGAAGCUAUCUGCCGACGUAUCGGAGUUUUCGGCGAGGACGAGGAUACCACUGGCAAGUCGUACUCUGGACGUGAAUUCGACGAUCUGCCGAUGUCGGAACAGAAAGCGGCUUGCGCCAGAGCUCGCCUCUUCUCCCGCGUAGAACCUUCUCACAAGUCCAAGAUUGUAGAGUUCUUACAGGGCAUGAAUGAAAUUUCUGCUAUGACUGGUGACGGCGUGAACGAUGCCCCUGCCUUGAAGAAGGCUGAAAUCGGUAUCGCUAUGGGUUCUGGUACUGCGGUCGCGAAAUCAGCUUCGGAGAUGGUAUUAGCGGACGACAAUUUCUCUUCUAUCGUAGCUGCUGUAGAGGAAGGCCGUGCCAUCUACAAUAACAUGAAACAAUUUAUUCGUUACCUCAUCUCUUCCAACAUUGGCGAGGUCGUCAGUAUAUUCUUGACCGCCGCCCUUGGUCUUCCCGAAGCACUGAUUCCGGUCCAACUUCUGUGGGUCAACUUGGUCACUGAUGGUCUUCCAGCUACCGCUCUCGGUUUCAAUCCACCCGAUUUAGACAUUAUGAGCAAACCUCCCCGCAAAGCUGAUGAAUCUCUGAUUUCUGGAUGGCUGUUUUUCCGUUACUUGGCUAUCGGUGGAUAUGUAGGCGCUGCCACUGUCGGGUCGGCUGCUUGGUGGUUCAUGUACAGUCCUAAUGGCCCUCAAAUGAACUACUACCAAGUGACUCACCACUUGGCAUGUAUUGGCGGUGGAAGCGAAUUCAAGGGCAUUAACUGCAAGAUCUUUGCCGAUCCUCAUCCCAUGACUAUGGCUCUCUCUGUGUUGGUCACUAUUGAAAUGUUGAAUGCCAUGAACAGCUUGUCCGAGAAUCAGUCCCUCAUCUCCAUGCCGCCUUGGUCCAACAUGUGGCUCAUCGCAUCCAUGGCUCUUUCUUUCACACUCCAUUUCGUCAUCCUGUACGUCGAUGUUCUUUCGUCCGUAUUCCAAGUGACCCCGCUAACGUUUGAAGAAUGGGUUACCGUUAUGAAGUUCUCCAUUCCAGUGGUACUUCUCGACGAAACCUUGAAGUUCGUUGCCAGAAAGAUCACAGACGGUGAGAAUCCAAUUUACACCGUGCAUUGGAUCGUUCUAAUGUGGGCUGUGUUCUUUGGACUGUUGUUUAUCUGUCCCAUAUAGAACGUCCGUGAAAUAAUAAUAUUAGUCUAGCAGACGAUGUUUUUUUCCUAUGGAAAAGCAUCCGCGACUAAAUCCUUGGACUCGCAAUUGCAUUUAACCGAAGCUCUUCCCACCGUGACGCGGGAAGGCGCGAGAUAAGUUAUUAACAGAGUGCGUUCAAGUGAGAUUUUAACAAGUUUGACUGUUGUGCAUGGUGUUAGUACGAUCAUAUAUGAAAUAUGCCACCAAGGCCCACCAUGCCCGCAUCACACACCGUACCCUGACGUCGCUCAACGAUCACGGGUUUCGAGUGGCAUCGAGUGAUCUAAGAGAGACCCCGUCGUAAAUCAAAGAUUGUGAUCGUUAAAUUAUUUUCUACGAGUGCCUUUUGAACAUUGAAUUUCCUCUGCAACAAACACGAAACUGUUCAUAGAUGUUCUUUCCGAUAUAGAUAUUUCCAAUAAUUAUGUUCGACGUCCCGAUCCUUUCCUCUUGUUGCACAAUUAUUUAUACUUUUUUUUUCAUCAUGCACGUUUCAGUAUAAUUAGCAACAGGUAAAUUAUCUGGUAAUUGUUUGGUAAUUAGCGGAUCCUAAUAAUGCACUAACGCAGUUAAAAUCCAAAUUAAUUUAUGCAUGUCUCUCGUCUGUGUUUCUCGUCGAUUAGUAAUGCUACGACAUAAACUUUUAUAUCUUUGCAUGUUCGAGGUGUAUUAUUGAUCUUGGUCGAUUUGGAAAGUACAAAGUAGUUCGCCCGCUAACUAUACGGGGGGUAGUAACUUCGGUUUCGGCGCAUACAUGCGCACUUACGACGUAUCAUUUUCGUAGCGUAAUACGCGCGUUUACACAAUGAAGACAAUAAAACAUUCGGCAGAAACACAGAUGAAACGGAUAGUAGCAGUAGUAUUAUAUUUGUCUCCUGAUUUUAUAUUUUCAGGCUUAAUUUAAUGCACGCACGCAACAAAUUAGCAUUCAACAUUCGGUUUACGCGAUUAACAUACAAUCUCUAUACAUUUACACUUCUUUUUCGUUGCUUUCAAUGUUGCUUAUUAUAAAUCACAUUUAUUAAUGAAUUCUUAGUGUCUGGUGUGCCUCUUUCUACUCUGAAGUCAGAACUGGAGCUGUCUGAGCGUUUGCUGAAAUUUCAAGGAAAUGCGAGGACUUCGCACUAACGGAUCUCAUUUUGUAUUCUGCAUACCGUGUCUUCCUUCCCGUAGAGAUAAUGCAUGCACGGUACAAUUAACACAGCACGUUCCGUAAGAUCCUUUCUCGUUGUAAUCUAUUCUUUUCAAAUGUACUGCCCUCUGCUGUGCCACGCGAUCAAUCGGUCAUUUUAACUUGGCGCAUCUUUCACAUUCACGUUAGGAUAUAUUCUUAACAUUCACGCGAAAAUGUAAAACUUAAUUUUUUAUCGGACGAUGUAUCUUUGCGAGUUAUUCUUCUAUCGCGACUUUGUGUCGUAGACGCUGCGCGACAAAUGUAAAGCGAGAUUUUGUAAAUAUCCACAUCAUGAUAUAUUUUUAUUGGGUAUAGAUGAUAGCGAAACAGAUUGCGACAAAAUUAGCGAGGCGUAUCGCGACUGGCACAGCGGGGCUUCUUCUGAUUUCUCGCAUUGGUUCGCGAACACAGCAUCUGUCCCCUGUGUGUAUAAACCCGUACGUGUGAGUUAUGCAUUUGAAAGAUUUACGCAAUGCAACAGAUUCGCGUAUAUCGCUAAUUUCUGGAUAUGGACUGCAAAGACUCGUAAGUGUAAGAUAAGGCAAAUCGUUAAGCAGAGGAAAAUAGUUGACCUCAUUACCUCUCUCGUACGCUCGAAACUGACGGGGCAGUCCAUAGAUUUUCUAGUGAAUUCGCUCAUGUUAAUAUCUGAGCAGUGCUCCGAACGCAAACACACUCAUCGUCGGGAUUGAUUAUCCAUUUUUAAUCAACGGUGAUGUCGAGUAGCUAUUGCGUUAAUUAUAAAAUUAAUUCAACGACGCAUCGAUUUUUUUUUAAAGUAAAUUUGUCCUUGAUGAUAGUAUUUAGCGAUAGUUGGGCGCAUCUCUUUUCUAUAUUCCUGGCUACCGAAAAUCUUUUUGUAUUUAAUUUCUUUCUCAAACAUGUAGAAGAAUUAGUUUACUUUUACCUAGUCGUCUCCUAAAUUACUUCAAAUAUCGAGACAUUUAAGAUGUGUGUAGACGAUCUAAUUUGAUUAGUUGAAUAAAAUCGGAAAGGUCGAUUCUUUUAUCGGCAACGAAAAAGGGACGAGAUGUGCUAAACGCAUAGUAAAAGAAAGUUUGACUAGCGGCAUUUAUCAUGUGUAGAAUUUCGUCAAGGAUCGGCGAUAAUCCUGCUUCAUAGAACCGCACUAGUUUUAUUGAUAAAAGGUCAUUUGUUUGUGCGUAAGGGACCUUCCCCGUUUGUCGUCUCACUUCCAACCAACGUCGCGGUCUCGCACGACGAUCGCCGAUUCUUCGAGAUUUGGGAGCAAGCUCCCUAAUUAGUCGAGGAUAGUUCUCGAUUGAGUGAACGCGAAUUCGGUCACUGCCUUAGCCACAUAACGAAACGAAUAAUCGGUGUCGUCACGAGUACGUGGGCCUUCGAUACAUCUGGCUGCUUAGUCAGUUCAUCCCUUGCAGCGUGUCCUGUCGGCGGAAGCGACCGCUAAUAAAAGAGGGAAGAUCGAAUUCGAUUAAGUGCUGAUAGAAAUGGCAACUUCUCGAUUCUUUCUUUCCCGUUUGCCGACGUGAAGCCGUCGUCCUUUACGAGACGACAUUUCUAACUUUGCUCUCCUGCUGCGUUCGAUUAAAAAAAGAAAAAUAUGGAUAAUCGGUAAGAGGGCAAGAGAGUCGUGUCGUCUUGUGAAAGACCGCGGGUGUAAGCGGUCCGCGCUUCCGCUUCCGGCAGCGCACGGUCCAAGGUGUCAUCCGGAUCCUCGUAGAGAUCGGCGCGAAGUCAGCGCGCGAGACGCAGCGCACGCGAGACGCUCCUCCGCGAAACACGUGCAAACGCAACAAGACUGACGAUGUGUUCCGGAGAGAGGCGGACGCGUCCGCUGCGUUCUCUUCUCCCUCUCUUCUCCUCCCCCCUUCGGCGCACGACGCACGAUUUAAUUUAAUUGCGCCGCACCCCGCGGCUUCAGGAAAUCGGCCGCGGUCGCGCGGCGCGACAUUGUAAUAUAAUUAAUUAAUUGAUUAGUAACGGUUAAGGCGUGAUACUUUGGUAUGGGCAUAAUUAAAACUUAAUCAGACCGAACGAGUUAGCGCUGCCGCACUAACGAACUUGUGUCUCGAGUAGUGUUUCGUUCCGCAAUUUAAUUUUUAGCGCGAGACAAUUAAACCACCGGCUUUGCGUCCCGCGAUCGAUACCUGUGUCGCGACGUUUGUCAUCGAUAUCGCGGGGAAAGGUCGUGGGAAAGGCUCAUCCGCGGCGAGACGACGACAAAAAUCAUCGCGGGAUGCGUGCGCGAGAUAUAUUUAACUAUCGCCGGUGAAUGGAAUUCAUUCUGGCGUGGACCUCUUCUUCGGGAGCGUUGACGUUAACUGAGGGGCCCUCGGAGACCGAUCUCGAAUUUCUUCAAGAAUAAUCUCCGGGUCCCGGCGCGCUCGCCACUAUCGUGUUCACCCUCCGUGCCCGCGGGACAAUGGGUGCACCGCUCAUCCGGAUGUUCGGACGCGCGAUCGGGUUAUCGCGUUAUAAUUGACGCAGUUAUCGCGGCACAGGUACGCGUGCGGGGCUCAAUGCCGGCGCGAGGAGUCUAAACGCAGUUCUCUAUGACGCUCAAUAAGUUCGACGAAAUUGAUCGGGGGGGCCCGGAUGCAGAGGACCAGCCGAGCGACGGGUCUCGAAGGAAACGCGCGACGAACAGCUGCGGAAUCGCUGCAGCGAUUCGCCGAAAGUCCGGUGUGAUCUCGACAAAGCGGAUAUGCUACUCCUUCUAAUCAAAUCGAAGAAGACGUUGCUUUCUCUUUCUUCCUUUCUUUUUCUUUCAACUCGGUUUACUCGAGACUCGUCGCUCGUUGUCCCCUCGCGUCCGGAUCUCCAACUUCGUCCACGAUUUAUCUGUAAGUACUUGAGUGUGCGUUGUAUUGCAAUAUAUUUUACGUUGACCGAGAAUGACGGGGUAGUGCCAUCACGACGAAAGUACACUGCGCGAUGUCACGCAGAUAUCGAUGCGACCAAAAGACGCAAUCCUCAGCAGUCCCGUUCCGUGUUGAGGUGUAAUGCCGUGUAAAAGGAAGAAACGAUUCAUAUUUAUUCUCUUUGCGUAUUAUAUUUAUUAAUUGUAAUUUAUUGAUCGCCGCGAGACGAAUUGUAUACGCGCGCCGAUUGAUUAAUUAAUCAGCCCGAGUCGGCGGAGACGCUCGGCAUUGAUCCUUGCGUGACGUUGACCCUCGAACGCGGUGUCCAGCGAUGAUGAGACUACGAUCGCGUCGUUUCCUUCAGGAAGUACCUAUUUCUCUAACGAUAACGAAGUAAUAUUAAUAUUAUUAACUUAUGGAAUACUAUGACAUCGAGUGAUUUCGAUACACCUCGCCGCGGACCCCGCGGCGACGGAUAGAACAUAAUUCCGGGUGCGAAUCGGACGUGAAUCAUAGAGACGAGGACGGAAGUAUAGACAAAAGAAAAGGAGAAAUAAAGAGAAAUUGUACACACGAA